GAUAUUUGUAUGCGUUUUUCGUCAACUUAGAACUGAAUUUGCAGCUUCCUGUUUGGAAAAAGACCUUAAAAGUUUGCACCGAAAAAAAAAGACCUUAAAAGUGACCGACUCGUUAUUAGUCUUCUUAAAUUACACGCCAAAGCUCCCUUCAGGCCACUCUUUUUCUCCAAGAUCAGUUCGUCUUCAGUUUCAAGAUAAUUUAGCCUAACAAAAACAUGAGUGAUAAUUUGAUGGACAAAGUCAACUCUCUCGGUGAGCGCCUGAAAAUCGGAGGGUCUGAGGUUGGGCAGAAGAUCACAGCUGGCAUGAGCUCGAUGAGUUUCAAGAUGAAGGAAUUUUUUCAGGGCGCUAACCAAGCUGACAAGCUUGUGGAGGAAGCCACAGCCGAGACCCUUGACGAGCCUGACUGGGCCACGAACCUCGAGCUGUGUGAUAUGAUCAACCAAGACAAAAUCAAUAGUGUCGAACUAAUUAGGGGAAUAAAGAAAAGGAUCAUGCUGAAAAGCGCUAGGGUUCAGUACCUUUCUCUGGUCUUGCUCGAAACUGUCGUGAAGAAUUGCGAAAAAGCCUUUUCGGAGGUUGCUGCCGAGAGGGUACUUGAUGAGAUGGUGAAGCUGAUUGAUGACCCGCAAACUGUUGUGAAUAAUCGGAGUAAGGCUCUCAUGUUGAUCGAGUCAUGGGGUGAGUCAUCGAACGAGCUGAGAUACUUGCCCGUUUAUGAAGAGACUUAUAAGAGUUUGAAAUCGAGAGGGGUACGUUUUCCUGGACGAGAUAACGAGAGUCUGGCUCCAAUAUUUACUCCUGCAAGAUCUGUUUCGGCUCCAGAACCGAAUGCUCCACUUGCACAACAACUCCAUCGCGAUAUUCCUGUGCAGACUUUUUCCCCUGAACAGACAAAGGAAGCAUUUGAUGUGGCCAAAAACAGUAUCGAGCUUCUUAAUACUGUUCUGACCUCUUCCCCUCAGCAAGAUGCCCUGCAGGACGAUUUAACCGUCACACUUUUACAACAAUGCCGCCAGUCCCAAUACACUGUUCAGACAAUAAUCGAGACAGCCGGGGACAAUGAGGCCCUUCUGUUUGAAGCACUGAACGUGAAUGACGAGAUCCAGAAAGUCCUGUCCAAAUACGAGGAAAUGAAAAAGCCCCUCGAUGUCCCACAGGAACCCGAGCCUGCCAUGAUACCAGUUGCAGUGGAGCCCGAUGAGUCCCCACGGGCUGGGAAAGAAGAGACUCUCGUUAGAAAAACUUCGGGCCCACGGCCCGGAAGCCAUGGAGGGAAUAGCAACAAUGAUGACAUGUUGGACGAUCUUGAUGAGAUGAUCUUUGGUAAGAAAGCCGGUGGUGGGACCUCCGAGUCGGGAGUUGAAGGGAAGAAAUCUCAGCCAUCGAAAGAUGAUCUCAUCUCGUUUUGAGAAUAUUAUAUAUCAAACUUUUCUUUUCUGUUUUUUUUUUU